CAAACAUGGAAGCGUAGAAGCUUUGCACGCUGUGGGAAGGUUGUUGAUGAUUUGAAAGGUUGUCUUCAGAAGUACUGUGAACAUGCUGAGCCUGACACUGAGGGAGGUGUCCUUGGCUCUUCGGGAGGGAAGGAUCUCCCCAACAGAACUUUGUAGGAAGUGUCUUAACCGCAUUAAGAAAACGCAGCAUCUAAAUGCUUACAUCACCGUGACAGAAGAGAUGGCACUGAAGCAGGCGCAAGAAGCAGAAACCAGACUGCUACAGGGUGCUCCCAAAGGUCCUCUGGAUGGAAUCCCCUUUGCAGUCAAGGACAAUUUCUGUACAGAGAAUAUCAAGACCACAUGUUCUUCCAGGAUGCUCAAAGACUACAAACCACCAUACAAUGCUACAAUGGUCCAGAAGCUUCUUGACCAAGGGGCUGUUCUCAUGGGGAAGACCAACAUGGAUGAGUUUGCUAUGGGUUCAGGCAGCACGGACGGGGCUUUCGGUCCAGUGAGGAACCCUUGGAGCUACGCUGCUUCCUACAUAGAGCAGACGGGGGCGACACCAGAUUCCGACUGGGUCAUCACAGGAGGAAGCUCAGGAGGAAGUGCUGCAGCCGUAGCUUCCCUAACCAGCUACCUGGCUUUAGGUUCGGACACAGGCGGUUCCACCCGUAACCCAGCAGCACUGUGUGGUGUUGUGGCUCUGAAGCCCACCUAUGGCCUGCUGUCCAGACAUGGCCUCAUACCUCUGGUCAACUCCAUGGACGUCCCUGGCAUUAUGACCCGUAGUGCCAGUGAUGCAGCCAUCAUCUUAGGUAUUCUCCAAGGCCUGGAUACGAGAGACUCAACAACAGUCCCGUCCCCAUCGCCACCAACAGAGUUGCCUCAAGACUUUGACGUCAAGAACGUCCGCAUAGGCAUUCCGAAGGAGUACCAUGCCCCAGGGCUGUCAGAGGAGACUUUAGCACAGUGGAGUCGUGUGGCUGACAUGUUCGAAAAGGCGGGUGCGCACGUGGAGCAAGUUUCACUCCCCCACACCCAGCACUCGAUUGUGUGUUACCACGUCCUGUGCCAUGCCGAGGUGGCGUCGAACAUGGCACGGUUCGACGGCCUAGAAUACGGUCACCGUAGCAAGGUGGACAGUUCGACAGAAUCCAUGUAUGCCUCCACCAGACACGAAGGCUUUAACGAUGUGGUGAGGGGGAGGAUACUGUCUGGCAACUACUUUCUCCUCAAACAAAACUACGAGCACUACUUUGUGAAAGCCCAGAAGGUUCGCCGGCUGAUCGCGGAGGAUUUCAAGCACGUGUUCAGCUCAGGCGUCGACGUGCUGCUGACACCGAGCACUCUCACCGACGCGGCGCGGUACGCCGACUUCUCACAGGAAGACAACCGAACACGCAGCGCACAGGAAGACGUCUUUACCCAGCCUGUCAACAUGGCAGGUCUCCCGGCUGUGUCCAUGCCAACUGCUUUAUCAAGACGCGGCCUUCCCAUUGGCUUACAGCUCAUAGGCCCAGCCUUCCAGGACAGGAAGCUGCUUAGUGUUGCCCAGUGGAUCGAGCAGAGGGUCGGGUUUCCCUCCAUCGCUGACUUCGGAGACUCCAGCGAGAGCAGGAUUGAGGCGGGUGUGACCAAAAGGGAGCAGACUUCAGCUGUAUGAAUGAGGCACACUUACUUAAGAUGGACAUUCUUUACUCUUAGAUGCUCUUUCUGGACAUUUUCAUUGGAAUUAUGGACGUCACAUCUUACAUGAUAGCUUUAAGCAUCCUUAAUGGAAUGAAACACAAUUACAAGAAGUGUCAAACUGUCUUAUAACAUGCAUCAUGUUUGAGUGGAGAAUUAUGUUUUUUUAACCUGUGACAUGCUGCUGUAUUUCUGCUAUUAAAUUAAUGCAAGAUGGGUGGAUUAU